GCUGGGCGUGCAGCGCCAGGCACCGCUAUCGGAUUUGGGAGGCCUCACAGUGAUCCUUGUCCCAUCUCUGCUCCCCCCAGCCACCCACCCCGCCUCGGAGACCCCACGGGACGAUGAACGUGCUGGCUCCGGUCCGCAGGGACCGGGUCAUCGCCGACCUGCCCCCGUGUUUUCGGAAGGAGGCCGCCCUGCAAACCCGCCCCGCCUUCCACCCCACAGUGGCCAGCGCCUGCCAGGAGCAGCGGACGGGCACUGUGGGGUUCAAGAUCUCCAAGAUCAUCGUGGUGGGUGACCUGUCGGUGGGGAAGACCUGCCUGAUCAACCGCUUUUGCAAGGACACAUUCGACAAGAACUACAAGGCGACCAUCGGGGUGGAUUUCGAGAUGGAGCGGUUUGAGGUGCUGGGGGUGCCCUUCAGCCUUCAGCUGUGGGACACGGCCGGCCAGGAGCGCUUCAAGUGCAUCGCCUCCACUUACUACCGGGGAGCACAAGCCAUUGUGAUCGUCUUCGAUGUCAACGAUGUGGCGUCCCUGGAGCACACACGGCAGUGGUUGGCUGACGCUCUGAAGGAAAACGACCCCUCCAACGUGAUCCUCUUCUUGGUGGGCUCCAAGAAGGAUCUGAGUACACCGGCGCAGUACAGCCUGAUGGAGAAGGACGCUCUCAAGGUGGCCCAGGAGAUGCAGGCGGAGUACUGGGCUGUCUCCUCACUCACUGGGGAGAACGUGCGGGAUUUCUUCUUCCGUGUGGCGGCCCUGACCUUCGAGAGCAGCGUGCUGGCCGAGCUGGAGCGCAGCCACACCCGCAGGAUCGGCGACACCGGAUCAGCAGCAAUGAGAGCGACCUGUACCUGUCGACACCCCGCAAAAAACCCAAGUGCUGCCAGUGAGGGGACACCCCCUGCGCCCGCCAUGCUCACACCUAUGGACCAAAGAGGGGCGACCCUGGCCGGCCCCGAGGAGCCGUCCCUGCCACUCCCCAGCCCCCCUGGCCCCUCGCCUGCCCAGGCAUCCCUGGCCAGGGUGGGCAGGAGCACCCAUGUGGCUCCUGUAGCUAUGCAAACCCAGGUACUGCUCGCAGAAGGAGAUGCCCUUUUGUCUUAAUAAAACGUUUUUUAUGCUU